GAGAGAGAGAUAGAGAGAGAGAGGGCGAUGGUGUAAGAGUGUUCUGUGCUCACACCCGGACCCAACCUCCGCCAGUAUCAGUUGUGGCUCAUGGAUCAGUGAAAACCCAGCGCGUGUAUUUAUGUGUGCAUGUGAGGUGAGAGAGCAAAAUUAAAGCACAGUGCAGCAGCAGCAGCACGGCGGACUCAUGCGACAAGUCGCACACGUCGCUGGCUGACAACAUCACCAUUACCACGCAUGAAGGCGAGUAGCGACACCACAUCAGCAGCAGCAGCAGCAGCAGCAGCAUCAAUGGCCGCCGCCGCCGCCGUCGCCGUCGCAUGGCUAACCGUCAGCCUGCUCCUCGCUGGUGGCGCUCUCGCUGCGACGUCGCCGUCGGUUGUCGUCGCGACGACGAAGGGUCCCGUACGCGGCUACCUGCACCGCGCCGCGACAGGUAAGCCCGCCUACACCUACCUGGGCAUUCCCUACGGCAAACCUCCGAUCGGCGAGCGACGCUUCCGCAAGCCGGAACCCGUCGACUCGUGGGUGAAAGAGUACAACGCCAGUGAGUUCUCCGCCUCGUGUUGGCAAUCCGUCGACACGUUCUUCGCCGGGUUCGCCGGCGCGGAAAUGUGGAACCCGAACACACCGAUGGACGAAGACUGCCUCUAUCUGAACGUCUGGCAGCCCGUGUCGGCGGCGGCGCGCGGCAGGGCGACGUCCAACCUCGCCGUCGUCGUCUGGAUCUACGGCGGCGGCUUCUACAGCGGCACGUCGUCGCUGGACGUCUACGACGGCAAGAUACUGACGUCCGAGUACAACGUCAUCGUCGUCUCGAUGAACUAUCGCGUCGGCUCGCUCGGGUUUCUCGCCUUUCAGCGCGACGACGCACCCGGGAACGUCGGCCUGCUCGACCAGGUGAUGGCGCUCGAGUGGGUGCGCGACAACAUCGUGUAUUUCGGCGGCGAUCCGAACCGCGUCACGCUCGUCGGCGAAAGCGCGGGCGCCGUCAGUGUCAGCAUGCACCUGCUGUCGCCGCUCAGUAAGGACCUGUAUGCGCGGGCCAUCAUGGAAAGCGGUACCGCGAACACCGUAUGGGCGACAAUGUCCGAUGAAGUCGCGAAAAGUCGCGGGCUGCUUCUGGCUGAGGCGCUGCGUUGUCCUGACGACCCGAACAAUCUGGACGCUCUCAUCGAGUGUCUGCGCGGGAAAUCGCCGCUGGAGAUCAUCGACCGCGAAUGGGUCACCUAUCAGAUAUGCGAGUUUCCGUGGGUGCCCGUCAUCGACGGCGAAUUCCUCGUCGAGACGCCACUGGCGUCGCUCGAGCGACGCACGUUCAAGAAGACGAACAUUCUGCUGGGUAGCAACCGCGAGGAGGGCUCCUACUUCAUCAUCUACCAGCUGACGGACUACUUUCAGAAACGCGAGAACAUCUACGUCCCGCGCGCGCAGUUCCCGAAGGAGAUGAAAAAUCUCUUCAAUUUCAGCAAUAGCGUCGGACAUCAGGCGAUCGUGUUUCAGUACACCGACUGGCUGGACCCGGACGACUCGGCGCGAACGAUCAACUCGUUCGACAAGGCCGUCGGCGACUACUACUUUACGUGCAACGUGAAUCGCUUCGCGUCGGCCUACGCUGGCGACGGUCAGGGCGUCUACAUGUACUAUUUCACGCACCGUUCGUCGCAGAAUCAGUGGCCGAAGUGGAUGGGUGUGAUGCAUGGCGACGAAAUCAACUAUGUUUUCGGCGAGCCGAUGAACGCGGACCUGCCGUACACGGCCGACGAGAGAGAGCUGUCGCGCCGGAUCAUGUCCUACUGGACGAACUUUGCGAAGACCGG